GCGAAACAUUAUUAUUUAUCCUCAAAUGAAAUUUUAGUUAUGUAGGAGCUGACGCAAUUGGUGGAAAAAGAAUAUUUGAUGUUGCCCAUCUAUUUCGCCAAAUUCUAAAUUCAGAGAGACACGCACUGUAUGAUUGCACUUUAGCUGAUAUGAAACUAGUUCGAGAAAUAAGACAUGGUCUACACAGUACAUUUAUCCUCGAGUGCAAAAUGUGUUUAUGUAUUAGGCAAAUCACUACUGAUGAAAAGUCUGAUACAAUAAACUCGAAUUCAGCUAUGGUAUUGGGUGCCAUUUCAACUGGGAUAGGAUAUUCGCAAAUAAAUGAGCUUGCAGCUUCUCUCAAUAUGCCUUUUAUGACAUAAAACCUUUAAUCGUUAUCAUGAAUCUGUAGGCGGAUAUAUCAGAGAAUCACUAUGUACAUGCAUGGAAAAUGCCGCAGCCAAAGAAGCUGAGUUAGCUCUAGAAGAAGGCGACGUAGAUGAGAACGGUAUUACAUGUAUCACAGUCGUUACUGAUGGCGCUUGGGCUAAACGCUCUUACAAUGUAAAUUAUGAUUCUAUGUCUGGUGUGGCUUGUAUAAUAGGUUACAGAACGGGUAAUCUUUUAUUUCUUGGUAUAAGAAAUAAAUAUUGUUCAUUAUGUUCUUAUUAUGAAAAUAAAGGGCAAGAUAUCCCUAUACACAAAUGUUACAAGAAUUGGCAAGGAACAUCAACAUCUAUGGAGACAGACAUCAUAGCAGAAGGUUUCAAAAACAGCAUAAAACUGCAUAAAUUAAAAUAUACCAAAAUGGUCGGAGAUGGCGAUUCCUCUGUAUACAGAAAAUUAAUCCAAAUAAAACCUUACGGAAACACAUUGGUCCAAAAAGUUGAAUGCAAAAAUCAUUUAUUGCGGAAUUUUGCUAAGAAAAUUAGGGAAAUAUGCAACAAAAACCGAAGCAAUAAAAAUAUAGCAGUUUCUAUGGCUUUACGAAAAGAAAUUUUUAGCAAAUUUAUGCGACUAAGAACAGCGAUUACAAAGGCCACUGCAUAUCGAAUCUCAGAAAAUAAUACUAUUGAUGAAAAAAUAAAUUUAUUGAGAGGAGAUAUAAGUAAUUCUCCUAGUCACGUAUUUGGUGAACAUUCUAAAUGCAAAGAAUUAAAUUACUUCAAAUGUAAUAAUUUGAAUGAAAAAAAUUUAAUUCCUGCUAUGAAAGAAUGUGGUAUUUAUGACGACAUUAUGCUGGCUUUAAAGAGAUUGCUGGAUAAUACGAGUAGCCUUAUAUUGAACAUGGAUAACAAUUUGGCAGAACAUUACAACAGUGUGGUUUACGUCAAAAGCCAAGAAUAUUUGGAAAAAGCUGAAGAUUUUCUUAAUAAUCUUAAGAAAACUGCAGAGGAGAUCCACUGCAUAGACAGAAACACAAUCGGGCAGUCAGCCAACCCCUGCUGGAUCCAAGAAAGGGCGGUUAGGAUAACAGCUUCAAAUUUUGGUAAAAUUUGCAAGAUGCGUCCACAAACAUCAAGAGCAACCACAGUGAAAACUUUGCUAUAUGGAAACUUUCAUGGUAAUACAGCCACAAGAUACGGCAACGAUAGUGAAGCACGCGCUAUUGCUGAAUUUGAAGACAAAUAUAAAGUCAAAAUUUCUCAAUGUGGAUUGUUUAUAGAUAAGAAAAAUUAUUAUUUAGGGGCUAGUCCGGAUGGAUUAAUUGGUGAUACCCAAUUAAUGGAAAUAAAAUGUCCAUAUUCCAUCUGUAAUAUGAAUCCAGCGGAAGCCAUCAAAGAAAAAAAAUUAGCAUUUGCUGAAUUCGUGGAUAAUGAAUUUCACUUGAAACGGAAUCAUAACUAUUACUACCAAAUCCAGGGCCAACUGGCAAUAGCUGAUAAGCAGAUGUGUUAUUUUGUAGUUGGGAGUCCUCAUGGGAUGGUAGUAGAAGAGGUAUCUUGCUAUAUUAUCUUUUGUGGAACUUACUUAUUUAAAUAA